GCAAGGGAGACAAGCAACCCUCAAGAUGCGACGCACCAGGUGCUAAAGGAUUUUUCGGAUUGGUGGUGCGGUGGCCAGAAGAACACCAAAAAACUUGCCAUCGCAGAGACCGGCACGCUGGAGGUUCUGUACGAGCAUAUCGCCAAGAUGUACGAGCUGGGGGCCGCCCUUACUCUAGGAGAGAGGCGGACUGAGCAGUUCAGUUUCUUCCAGGACAUCGAAAUCCGUGGCAGCAAGGACAAUAAGAUCGACUACAGGGACAUUGCUGGCCCAGACAGCGCCUUCCUCCGCCUACUAGGACGCAUCAUGGCAGAGCUUUACCCGAAGCAGCAGUUGCAGGUCAUCGUCCUGGAUGCCUCGGGACACAGCAACAAACUCGGCGUGGAACAGACAGCAGUGCGCCUGGUGUGGCAACUUGUGUCUGGCUCGAGUGGCGGGCAGAACAUUGUUGUCACUUCGGAGAUUGCCUUUCGCAUCGUCGACUACAUGGUGCUGAAAGCCAACGAAUCGACAGACCAGAACAUCAAGGAAAUCCUCCGAAGAGCAUCUACGCUUUCGAAUGUAAACACAUGGAAGAACAUGUUUGUCAGCGACGACAAUUAUGGCGGCAAGAGGUCCACCAUCCGGAUGACCUUGAACGACGAGGUUUGCGACCCUCCCAUGCUGAGGCCAGAGAAGCGGCCUCUUAAGCCUGUCUUCAUCCAUCGAUUCUCCAGGGAAGAGAAUGUGCAGGACUUGAAAGCGGAGCCGGUCUGGUCCUGCGAUGAAGGCAAACUGGGCUCGGCGGAGUAUGCAAAGUUUGUGGAGAGGACGGCCAUUCGUCAGGCAACCGGCCACGCUCCUAGCACGCGGCUGUCUUUGGUUCGUCAUUAUGUAGUGACCACCGGGGCCAUGUCGGACUGUGUUUUAGGCCUCGUCCAAGAUUCAGAGGAUCCACGAUACUGCUGGGUGCCAACUGACAUCCAGCGAUGCAGUGACUUGGUGGAUGGCAGCCAAUGGAUCUCAGCGCUGGAGCAGCAUCUCAAGGCGGAGCCAAAGCCUAGCAGGCAGCUCAGAAUGACUGUCAGCGAGGGAGACGCUCCGCAGUUCUGGGCAUCGGCUGCACACACGCUCCGUGCUCGAAAUGAUGCCUUGCGAAAGAUGCAGCCUCCGGCAAGGAAGGUGAGGCUUCUGACGCAGCAUGAGGUGCUGUUCUGGUUCAAUGUCGGGCCCGGCGUGCAGAAGAGAGAUCGAGUCUAUGUUACGGAAUCCAAAUGCCCCCAUCAGGGUGUCUGCUUAAUGGGCGGAGAGCUUAAGGACGUUGAAGACAUCGUUAACGAGGAGAAAGUUCCGAUGGUGCGCUGCCCUCGCCACAACAAAACCUUUGAUCUCAGGACGGGCGAAUCACUGGGCAACUGCGAACGACUUCGCGUCUUCCCCUGCAAAUUCCAUCAGGGCCGGUACUAUGUCCAAGUGCCCGUGGCUGAAACAAGCGGCACGUUGCAGGCAGGACUACGGCAGCAUCGGUGCAGUCAGGCAUGUACUUAG